GAGAUUAGCUUCAAGUUCGCCGACCGUGCCGAAGUCCCUGGAUGGCUGGGAGUGGAUGUGCAGUCGGAGGUCAUCGGGCGCAUCCUCGAGGUGAAGCCAGACCGAAUCCUGCUGGUCUGCGAGAAGACUGUCGAUGAGAUGCACGGCGACUACUUCAAGCCCCUGAUGGAGGCUGGGGCUUCCGGCGGUGGGGGUGACAAUUUCCACUCCGAGCUCGUGCCACCGUUGGAGAAGAUGGUGCUGCCCAGUGGCGAUGAGGCUAAGGCCUGGGAGCACCUCACACAGCUCAUGGAGUGGGCCUUCCGCGUGGGGGCUACGAAGAAAUCGCUGGUUGUUGCGUUCGGUGGCGGUGCCCUCAUGAAUGUGUCGGGCCUGUUCGCCUCCAUCCUGUACCGGGGAAGCAAGCUGAUCUAUGUGCCGACCACUUUGCUUGCCAUGCACGACGUGACCACGUCACUCAAAACGUCCAUCUGCUACAACGGACGAAAGAACAACAUCGGCUCCUUCUACGCCCCUCUGAAGAUUCUGAUCGACGUGGGCUUCUGCCGUACUUUGCCGAGGGCGGAACUCUUCUCCGGCCUUGGCGAGCUUGCGAAGAACGCGGCGCUGCUGGGCGGAAAGCAUGCUGAUGGUUUCCGCAAGGCGUUGAGCUCCGAGAGGAUCAAUUCAGAUGCAGGCGGAUCAGGCGAUGAGUUCACCAUGGACGAUCACAUGCUCAUGGAGCUCUUGGCUCUGGGCAUUGAUGCCAAAAUGUCCGUGCUCGCGAAAGACGCGUACGAGAGGAACGCUGGCAUGAUUUUCGAGUAUGGUCACACUGUCUCCCAUGCCAUUGAGAAGGCGUAUGGCGAUGGUGUGGUUCCCCAUGGCCUGGGUGUUACCUAUGGCAUGCUCUCCAGCCCUUUGACAAAGAAUCUUUGA